AUGUCACGACACGCCCAAGUUGAGGAGGUGUACGACUCCGACCCGGAGGAAGUUGCUCCCUCCGAUUCCUCGCCCGCCAACUUCGCCAAUGAGUCCAUCCUUUCUGGAGCUGGAGUACCUAUGUCCGGCUCAGUACCCAUGAGGCCCGCCCCUGAACCUCAGCGCGAGAUCCCCAAGCAUUAUCAAUGCCUGUACCCGAUAUACUUCGACAAGUCGCGGUCCCGCGCGGAGGGCCGCAAGGUUGGAAGUGAGCUGGCGGUUGAGAACCCGUUAGCGAGGGACAUUGUCGAUGCGGUGCAGAUGUUGGGACUGAAUGUUGGAUUCGAGCCUGAGAAGCUGCACCCCAAGGAUUGGGCCAACCCUGGACGUGUGCGUGUCUUGCUGAAGAACGAGGACGGGAAGCUGGUCAACUCGAGAAUCAAGAACAAGCACCACCUUUACAUCCUCGUGGCGCAAUACCUUAAGGCUCACCCUACCACCGAAGAAUCCCCCUACCGUCUCAGAAUCCGAGGACUCCCCAUGCCCGAGAAACUACCUGCUGCGCCCGCCGCUCCCCGUGGAUGGAAGAUUGGAAAGAUUCUACCGAUACACUCUCCGGCCUACAGCGGUGGCGGAGUCAGCGAUAACCCGCUCAAGGACGCCAUGGCUGAGAUGCAGAACAUGCAGGGUAUGCCCGGCAUGCCCCAGAUACCUGGAAUGCCGGAUCUGGCGGGAAUGAUGGGAGGAAUGGGGGGAAUGGGGGGCAUGGGUGGAAGUCCGUCUGCUGGAGGCAGCGAAAAGAAGAAGAAGGAUAAGAAGAAGGGCAAGGCGUGA